AGAAACCCAAAGUGAGACUAGUGUCUUAGAAACUCUUUUGAAACCUUUUUGCAUCAUUUCUGCAAACAUUUAUAAAUCCAUUAUUCCAUUCACAUAAACAGACAGAAAGGGAGAUUAACAGUUGUGAUCACACACUCAUAUCUAAACUGUGCUGGGGUUAGGUUGCAUAUAUAUAUUAGUUUAAGCACCAAAACAACUGAUUAAUCCAGAGAGAUUCAGAGAGAGAGAGAUGACAGGAGGGGGAGAGAAUGAAGGGACAUUAGAGUAUACCCCCACAUGGGUUGUGGCCGCUGUUUGUACUGUCAUCGUCGGCAUCUCUCUUGCCGUUGAGAGACUUCUUCAUUACGCCGGGAAGUAUCUAAAGAAGAAAAACCAGAAGCCUCUCUUUGAAGCACUGCAGAAAAUUAAAGAAGAAUUGAUGCUGUUGGGGUUUAUUUCACUGCUUCUUACUGUAUUCCAAGGCACUAUCGUCAAGAUCUGUGUGUCACGAAGUUUAACAGAACACCUCCUUCCCUGCCCAUUAUCUGGUAAACCUGGUGAAGAGAAGUCAUCUCAUUCCAAGCCAGAAACAACUUCUCAUUUAAGGCGCUUGCUCGAGGAAUCAGCAAAUGAAGGUUACUGUGCUGCAAAGGAUAAAGUUCCAUUGCUGCCCCUCGAAGGUCUGCAUCAUCUGCAUAUCUUUAUCUUUGUGCUGGCCAUUGUGCAUGUCACAUUUUCUGUUCUGACUGUUGUAUUUGGAGGUGCAAAGAUUCGUCAAUGGAAGGCCUGGGAGGAUGCCAUUUCACAAGAGAGUUUUGACCCCAAUAAAGUUUUACGACCAAAGGUUACUCAUGUCCAUCAACAUGAUUUUAUCAGGGGGCGUUUCCUGGGCAUUGGCAAACGCUCAAUUUUUAAGGGUUGGUUGCAUUCCUUUUUCAAGCAAUUCUAUGGAUCUGUUACCAAAUCAGAUUAUGUAGCACUUCGACUUGGUUUCAUCACUUCUCAUUGCAAGGGAAACCCAAAAUUUAAUUUUCACAAAUACAUGAUACGAGCACUCGAAGAUGAUUUCAAGAAAGUUGUUGGCAUUAGUUGGUACUUGUGGGUUUUUGUGGUUGUAUUUUUAUUGCUCAAUGUUAAUGGUUGGCAUACAUAUUUUUGGAUUGCCUUCGUUCCAUUUGUUCUACUGCUAGCUGUGGGCACUAAGCUAGAGCACAUAAUAUCACAGUUGGCUCAUGAAGUUGCUGAGAAACAUGUAGCUAUUGAGGGGGAAUUGGUGGUGCAUCCAUCAGAUGAUCACUUUUGGUUCAAUCGGCCGAAAAUUAUUCUUUUCUUAAUACACUUUAUACUAUUCCAGAAUGCUUUUGAGAUAGCAUUUUUCUUCUGGAUAUGGGUUCAAUAUGGCUUUACCUCCUGCAUUAUGGGACAAGUCAGAUUUAUAGUUCCAAGACUUGUUAUAGGGGUAUUCAUUCAGGUACUCUGCAGUUAUAGUACUCUGCCACUUUAUGCUUUAGUAACACAGAUGGGAACAAAUUUUAAGAAGUCAAUAUUUGAUGAGCAUAUACAAGUCGGACUUGUUGGCUGGGCUCAGAAGGCGAAGAAGAAGAAUUUGUUGAAAACGGCAGCCAACGCUGGCCAAGAGAGUACAAGUAACAAGGGUCAGAGUACAAGUAGCAAGGGUCCUAUGGGAAUUCAACUUGCAAAAGCUGUGAAAAACCAAUUAAAUCCAGGGGAAAAUCAGCCCACAAAUGGUUCCCAACCUUCCAACAACGCUGAAGCCUCAAAUAAUGUUUAGACCAUGAUCGGUUAGUGAAGUGAAAAUUAGUUGAGUAUAGCAGCUAUGGCAGCUGACAUUGACAAGAUGUAUUGAGAGACAAAUAUACAUAUUUACAUAUGAUCUUAAUUUCGUAAAUUAACGGGAAGUAGUAUGUUUACAAAGAAGUUAUGACCUAGUUAUACUAGGUGACUAUAUAAAAGAUUUAUGCGUGUUUAGCAACUUGGUUAUAUGGAGAUGCAUUGAAUGUUUUAUGUUUUA